CUUAUAUGAAGUGUGUACUUCUAUCUUCUAUCUCUUGGUUAAAUAAGGUUAAAUAAUCUUUGCUAUUAAUGAAAUGGUCACACUGCUAUGCAAUAAGAGAGCAAUAUUAUAUUUGAAUUUUCAUUAAAAUGGCUAACGUUAAUGAAGAACCUGCUGGCGAAACCGGAGAGAGCAGAUUGAUUCCUUCAGAAAAUGCCAAUAAUGCGAGCGGAGCCCUUUCAGACGAUAAUGUUGAUGUCAAUGCUCAGAUUGAUGAACAGCGACGUAGAAUGCAGCCAACGAAAUUGGAAUCGUUUUUUGCAAUAACUAAAUCUCUUAUAAUUAGAGCAUUAGUUGUUUAUUUCAUUACAUCCAUGUUCCGUCAACCAUCAGCACCAAAAACUGAUGUUAGUAACCCUACUGGCACUCCUCGAAUUCCUGCAAUUAAUAUGUUUAAUAAUGGCACAUUGCUUGAUAUGUAUUGUUAUGUGUCAGAAAAAGAGUUUGUUGGAAAUCUACAGGCUGAAAACUUAAUUUGGAAGCAUACCGGACUUGUCUAUGGUGACUGGAAUGGAGGACCAAAUGGCGAUGGUACAUAUACAUAUACUACAAAUAUUGUACCUUCUAUAUCUGUACAGAAUAAUGGCUCAAUGUACCUCCAUGUAUUUGUGGUGCCUUCUGGCAAGUCACCGGAUCCUGAAGAUAAACAUAAUUAUGCUGGUCCCUUUGUCACAUAUGGUAAGAAGAUGUUGAACAAAUAUAAGAAGUUGCGUUAUUUAAAAACACAUAAUUUAUUGACUGGUCAAACAGAGAAGUCUGCAGAAGAAAUAAAGAAAGCUGAAACAUUAAAGGAAGAAGUAGUGUCACAUUGGCAUCCUAAUUUAACAAUUAAUGUAGUCACUGAUCAAACUAGCUGGAUGCAAGGAAGUGUGCCACCACCACUUGAUGAGUUUAUUAUGUUUCUACCAGAUGGAAAACAAUAUAAGCCAGCAGUUUUUCUUAAUGAUUAUUGGAAUAUGAUGCGUGAUUAUGUUCCCAUAAAUAAGACUACUACAAACCUUAUGUUACAAUUGACAUAUCAGCCUUUGAGUCUUUUCAAAUGGCAAUUGUAUACAGCACAAGCAAUGAGGGAUAAAUUGAGCAUGUUUUCUGCAUUAGGAGCUGAAGAGCAAGAUGAGGAGCAGGAUACGGUUAAGGAAUUGCUUUUAGACACUUCACCUUAUUUGUUGGCUCUAACUAUAACAGUUUCAGUGUUACAUUCUAUAUUUGAAUUGUUGGCUUUCAAGAAUGACAUCCAAUUUUGGAAUAAUAGGCAGUCAUUGGAAGGGCUGUCUGUAAGAUCAGUAUUCUUUAAUGUUUUUCAGUCUACUGUUGUUUUAUUGUAUGUUCUAGAUAAUGAAACUAAUGUAAUGGUUAGAAUAUCUUGUUUCAUUGGUUUAAUGAUAGAAAUAUGGAAAAUUAACAAAGUAAUGGAUGUGAAGUUAAAUAGAGAGGACCACAUAUUUGGUAUACCAAAGUUGACUUUCACUGAUAAAGGAUCUUAUGUAGAAUCUAGUACUAGAGAAUAUGAUACUUUGGCAUUUCGUUAUCUAAGUUGGGCUUGUUUUCCUCUCUUGAUUGGAUAUGGUAUAUACUCAUUAUUGUAUCAAGAACAUAAGGGAUGGUAUUCAUUUAUACUUAACAUGAUGUAUGGAUACUUAUUAACCUUCGGUUUCAUUAUGAUGACUCCUCAGCUAUUCAUAAACUACAAGUUAAAGUCAGUUGCCCAUCUGCCAUGGCGAAUGAUGACAUAUAAGUUCCUAAAUACAUUCAUAGAUGAUAUAUUUGCUUUUGUUAUCAAAAUGCCAACUAUGUAUCGUUUGGGAUGCUUCAGAGAUGAUAUAGUGUUCUUCAUUUUCUUGUAUCAGCGCUGGAUCUAUAAGGUAGAUCAUAAACGUGUAAAUGAGUUUGGAUUCUCUGGGGAAAUGGAGCAGCAGCAAAAGCAAGCUAAAAAUGGUGCACCAGCUAUAACAGAAGCAGAGCAACAACCAGCAGAUAAGAAGAAUGAUUAGAAAAUGUUCAUUUGUUUUUAGUAUUGUAAUACUUAAUCUACCUAUAUACCAAUUAACACAUGUUUUAUGUUGAAAGGUAUGUGUUUUGUGUUUGAAUUUAUAGAUAGUUGAAAGACAUCUAAUAUAUUGAAUAGUUGUAAUCGUAUACAUUAGUAAAUUAUUGUAAGUCAAAUAAUAUGCUAGCUUGUUACAUCUGAUAAGUUUUAUCUUUCCAUUAAGAGCUAAAAUAUUUGUAAUAUUUAAUUAUCUGGCUGUUUGAGAAUUUAAACUAUUAUUUUUACAUUUUGAAGAGAGCAAAAUUCUAUUAUUGAGUAAUAGUUACCCUCGUGAUAAUUAUCCUGGUGUUAAAUACGACUGGUGACACAUAGUUAUAUACAUUACUAUCAUUCUGUGUUAUAUGUAAAUGUAUUAUACAUAUUAUAUUUAUGGGUAUAUUGACUAGAAUUAUUGCUAUAUAUUAGUUACAUCUGACGUAUUUAACUAUGACUAUUAUUCUGAUAUUGUCUGAUAUGUUGGUUACGUUUUUAUUUUUUAAAUUAAAACUUUUUCAGUACUCAAUAAAUUUGUUUACGUUAGAAACAAUUCCAGGUUAAUGAUACAUCAUAAAUGAAUAAUGUAGUUGAUACUUUUUCUAUUUUAGUAUUCAGAAUAUUGGUCCCACAAUAGCUUCUCUAUCUAUUGCACAUUGUUUUAAUUAUUAAACAUUAUGAUAUAUUAUUGAAAUACCGUACGCCACUAUUAUUCUUUGUUAAUUUAUCAAUAAUGCUACGAAGUUCAAAGUUGAAAUGUUGUAUUAUUGUUAUAUAACUAUGAAUUAACUGAUUGGAAAGUCGCGUAUAGACCUUUUUCCCCUGACACAAGUUACAAGUCCUAAUAUAUUUUAUACCAAAUGUUAUUUGCAUGUAAAGAGAAGAGAUACUUAUUCUUCUGAGACAAGACUAUUCAUACUUUUGCAGGUAAAUCAGGAACUUGUUCUUUUGGUUAUAAAAAAGAUUGGUCAACUAGCAUAAACUAACGUAAGUAGGUACCUAAUGCUGUAUGUUUUUCUGUGUGAAAAGAUCUGUAUAAACAAAUGAUCGCUAAUUAUUCAUUAUUGCUGGCGAGAAUUAAUCUCCACUUUACUAUAUAUAUAUUUUCAUGUCUUGUCGCAAAGACAAGAACUCUAAAAAAUAAGAAAUUAACGUUUCAUUAGCGCUACGCUCAUGAAAUGUUAUUGAUUUUUUUUAGGUUAGCAUUUGUUUAACUGCUUGUAAAAUAAAGAUGACGAUCGAUUUGGCUACGCAGAUCGGUAAAUGUAAUGUCACUCGCAAUAUUGACAAGUUUGUAUGAGGAUUUCGGAUCCGUUCGUUAAAUGGUUAAAUUCCAGACGACGAGGGAAAUUUGCAACAGUAUCGUUAAGUAUGAACGAAGUUUUAGCAUAAUGGGCACGGUGUGUGAUACAAAAUAAACUAAUUGGACGUUCAUACUUAGGACAUUAAUACUCGAUAUGAUACGCCUGACUUUGAAUUUCAAGAUAAUACAACUGUAGAGUUGGGUUUAUGCAUUUUUAAAUAUUCGGACGUCAGACAAGUAUUUCUAUAAGGAUCUAUAUUAGUAGUGUAUUGAUUUACAAAAUAAUGGUAUGACCAUAGAGUUCUAUGGCUAGUUAGCCAUAACGUAUUCGUUAUGAAUUUUUAUUAAUUUUGUUAUUUCCAUUCCUUACCUAUAUGAUGCCCAAUUGUCGUAAAAAGAUAUUUUUAGGAUGAUUUGUAUUAUUGAUGCUUGUUUUUAAUUUUUCAAAUAAGGUGCUCUUACAAAGCAGUGACACUUGGCAAUUGUAGUUAAUUCAGAAUACUGUUUUUAACGUAGCGGGAUCAGCCUGUUAAGCCAAGACAAAAUAAGAAUACAUCGAUCUUUAUUUCAUCUUCGUCUAGAAGUCUUUUAGUGUCUGUUAGGUGACUGAUCACAGCUAAUUAUUUCUUUACAAAAAAUGGCAGGUAGAAAAUUAGAGUAUAAUACAUUGUACUCUUAUUUUGUACCUGCCAUUUUCUUGUUAGAAAUGUUACAUUAUUUCUAUUUCACAAAUGCAUACUUCAAAGUAACAAAAUGUCGCUUGUCUGUAAGAGCCCUAAGUAGGUAGUUACAAUGUUUUUUAGGUAAUUUCUAUUUAUUUAAUAAUAUAUUAUAUUGGCUUUCAAUAUUCGUGAAUGUGCACGUGUUUUCAUUGAACUACAUACGAUAGCAUUUUCAAAUAAAUGACAUUAUCUAAACUGUUAACAAUAGCACAACAUAAUUAUUAUUCAUAUAAAACAUGCACGACUUUGCAAGUAUUAUAAUAAUAAAUAAUUGUAUUUGUUUACA